ACUGCCGUUAAAACUGGCGGGGUCCUUUUACGUCACUAAAGCCGACGCCAGUUAGCUUUAGCUAACAUACACGCUGCGGUGACUCGAGUGGUGACCGAGGAAUGAAUUAAUGGUUGUGCCGGCUAAACGGAGACGUUAUUUUAACUUUUAGUGAUUCGCCCGGACAAACAGUCAAAAGCGGUUGGUCUGCGGUGUUGACCGGACAUGUGGAGCUCAGGCCGCCGUGCCCUUCAGGAUCUGCUCAACCAGGCUGCUGUCAGGAGUUUGUCUCUGACUCCUGCUCAGAAUACAGUCGUGGUGGAGCGAUGGUGGCAGGUGCCCUUGUCCAAAGUGGGCAGCCCGCCGAGGCUUCACCCUCGAAGACACAGAAUCUACAAGUUGGUUGAAGACACCAAAAACGCUCCCAGUGAGAAGAUGGAGCUCAUUCUAACUCAGACGGUUCCGAAGCUCGGUGGGCGCGGAGACACAGUGUUUGUGAAAAAAUCAGUUGGCCGAAACAAGCUGCUGCCCCAAGGUCUCGCAGUGUAUCCAUCGCCAGAGAACAAACAGAUGUUUUCUGAGGAGCUAAGACUUUUGCGUGAGGGGAGGCCGGAGGACAGAAUCCAAACCCGCACUGGACAACUGACAGUUGAGUUCCUUAAACGCUCCAAGCUGAAGAUAAAUAAAAUGCCCUCUGAAGAAUUCCAGCUGACUAAAGAGGUCAUCUGCAGACAGUUUCUCAAGAAGCUGGGAGUUGUUGUGCCACCUCAUGCACUGAGUCUUCCACUUGAGCCAAUCAAGGACUUGGGUGACUAUUGGUGUGAAGUUACGGUUAAUGGCAUAAACACAGUUCGCAUCCCCAUGUCACUGGUGCCGUACGAAGACUCGUCUGCAAGUUAUCAGAGGCAGUUGAAAAGAAAAAAGCUGGAGCAGGCAGCCGCAGACAUUUCAGAGGCCGCUGAUGAGGGUGACACUGUCGUGAAGGCAGUUUUGGAUGCAGCCAUGGAGGCUGAGGCUGACAAAGACCCUGAGAGUCGCGAUAGUGAAGCUUCAGCCUCAGCAGGCACUUCUGCCGCUGAGGAAACAACAGCCUCAGCUACGCAGACCCCUACAGCACCACCAAGUGACAGCCAGAAAAAAGAUUAAGGGACUCCGAAUGAAGACGUCCACACAAAUACAGUGGAUUGUGUUUACCUAUAAUACACAUUAUAUUAAUACACUCUCAUUUUAGGACCACUGUAUAUACAGUGUUUCAUAUGGUGAAAAAUGAAAGAUUAUCUACUGCCUCUGCAGGCUGAGCUCCCACAAUGUAAGUUAAAAAAAAAUUGAUGUGAAGCUUCUUAGAACCUUUUGUAAAGGUUUUACAUCAAAAGGAAAAUGCAGUGUGCAUGGUGGGGAACUAUAGUGGGAUAACCUGCAUUUUUUUUUCUUUUCUUAUUUUACCAUAUGUAACACUUCCACUGCAUCAUUGUGAUACUAGUAAUAAAUAAAACUGCCCUGUGGCCUUCAAAGGUACGGAGCCAGGAAAGGA